AUGUUGAAGAGCACAUUUAAACUUUCAAGAAUCUCUUUGAGAAAAAGUUUCGCAACUAUAGCUUGUUUGCGCCAACAAAAUUCGGAUAUAGAUAAAAUUAUACUAAAUCCAAUAAAACUAGCACAAGAAAACAGGAGCAAUCAUGAUCAAGCCUCUAAGAUUAGAGGUGAUACCGCAGAAAUACUGUCAAUGGAAAUUCCAAUAGAUAUGAUGCAAUCUGCAGGACGAAUCAACAGGAGAGAGCUUCUUUCUGAGGCAGAGAUUGCUAGAAGUAGUGUAGAGAAUGCUCAAAUGAGAUUCAAUUCAGGAAAAUCUAUAAUUAUGAACAAGAACAAUCCUGCUGAAUCAUUCAAGAGGUUAAACAGGAUCAUGUUUGAAAAUAAUAUCCCUGGAGAUAAAAGAAGUCAACGGUUUUACAUGAAGCCUGGAAAAGUGGCUGAGUUGAAGAGGUCUCAAAGACAUAGAAAAGAGUUCAUGAUGGGCUUCAAAAGAUUGAUUGACAUUGUCAAAGAUGCUAAGAGGAAAGGAUACUGA